AUGCCCUACCUGGGCCUGGUUCAGGCACAGCCCUGCCCUGGCACCCGAGGGCAACAGAAGAAACGGGAGGAAUUGCACGAGAGGAUGACAGCCACCUGCAGCCAGCCCAACCGGCACAGCCACAAUCAUCUCGAUAAAGCCCUGCUGAAGUACCGUACAAUGAACAUGUAUUGCAUGAAGUGUCUAAUAGAAUUUGGAUUUAUACGGUGCCUUUCGCACUCGGGUUGUCCCCGAGCAGAUAACGCAGGAACUUCUCAAGCCCCCCGCCGCCCCGACAGGAAGUGUGGGAACGUUAACUUCGCCAGGAGAACCAGCUGUAACAGAUGUGGGAGAGAAAAAACAACAGAAGCCAAAAUGAUGAAAGCUGGAGGGACUGAAAUAGGAAAGACACUUGCUGAAAAGAGUCGUGGCCUCUUCAGUGCUAACGACUGGCAGUGUAAAACGUGUGGUAACGUGAACUGGGCUAGAAGAUCAGAAUGUAAUAUGUGUAAUACUCCAAAGUACGCUAAAUUGGAGGAAAGGACAGGAUACGGAGGAGGAUUUAAUGAACGGGAGAAUGUGGAAUAUAUAGAACGUGAGGAAUCCGACGGGGAGUAUGAUGAGUUCGGACGCAAAAAGAAAAAGUACAGAGGGAAGCCGGUGGGUCCCGUAUCUAUCCUGAAGGAAGUAGAAGAUAAGGAAUCUGAAGGGGAAGAUGAGGAGGAUGAGGAUGAAGAUCUCUCCAAAUAUAAAUUGGAUGAGGAUGAGGAUGAAGAUGAUGCUGACCUUUCAAAAUAUAAUCUUGAUGCCAGUGAAGAAGAGGACACUAAUAAGAAAAAGAAAUCCAAUAGGCGCAGUCGUUCUAAGUCUCGAUCUUCCCACUCCCGAUCUUCAUCGCGCUCAUCCUCUCACUCAAGCUCAAGGUCUAGGUCCAGGUCCCAUUCAAGGAGUUCUUCCAGUUCCAGAUCAAGAUCUCGUUCCAGUUCCAGAGAACACUCUAGAUCUCGUGGGUCGAAAUCAAGAUCCAGCUCCAGGUCCUACAGGGGGUCUUCCACCCCAAGGAAAAGAUCUUACUCAAGCUCUCGUUCAUCAUCUUCCCCCGAGAGAAGCAAGAAGCGAAGUCGUUCUAGAUCUUCUUCAUCUGGUGAUCGCAAAAAAAGACGAUCGAGAUCACGGUCACCCGAAAGACGGCGCAGAUCAUCAUCUGGAUCUUCCCAUUCUGGUUCCCGUACAAGUUCUAAAAAGAAAUAAUGUAUUAAAGCUCACAUUUA